AUGAGGGAUCUGAUCAGUGAGCAAUUGCAGGCUCGGAUUGCUCAUCGAAUCCAGGAGCUGGAAAGUUUGCCCGGCUCUCUCGCCCCCGACCUGAGGAAUAAAGCCACAGUGGAGCUCAAGGCCCUGCGUCUGCUCAACUUCCAGCGGCAGCUGAGACAGGACGUGGUGGCGUGCAUGAGGCGAGACACCACCCUGGAGACGGCCCUCAACUCAAAGGCUUACAGACGCAGCAAGAGGCAGACGCUGAGGGAGGCGCGCAUGACGGAGAAGCUGGAGAAGCAGCAGAAGCUGGAGCAGGAGAAGAAGCGCAGACAGAAACACCAGGAAUAUCUCAACAGCAUCCUUCAGCAUGCAAAGGACUUCAAAGAGUAUCACCGCUCGAUUUCUGGAAAAAUGCAGAAGCUCACCAGAUCCAUCGCCACCUGGCACACCAACACAGAGAGGGAGCAGAAGAAGGAGACUGAGAGAAUCGAGAAGGAGAGGAUGAGGAGGCUCAUGGCAGAAGAUGAGGAAGGCUACCGAAAGCUAAUUGACCAAAAGAAAGACAAGCGUCUGGCCUACUUGCUGCAGCAGACGGAUGAAUACGUGGCUAACCUCACCACCCUGGUGUACGAACACAAAGCUGCCCAGGCUGCCAAGGACAAGAAAAAGAAGAAGAAGAAAAAGAAGGUAGGAAUAGAAAAAGUGGAGUGUGAGACUGAGCGUUGA